AUGGGCGUGGUAAUAAAUUUUAAACAACCAACUCAAAUCUAUCUAUCUAUCUAUCUAUCUAUCUAUCUAUCUAUCUAUCUAUCUAUCUAUCGUGUGUGCGUGUGCGUGUUUACCAUCGUCUUGCCCAUCAAAACUCACCCACUCUCUCCCUCCCUUUCAUACACAUAUAUUAGAAUAUCUUUACUUCUGUGCGAAAAGCGGGCGCUGGAGACUUUUCGUCUAUCUCCAGACAAAUGGGGUGUAAAUGUGCAGCCGCUGUCUGGUUCCCCAGCUAACCUUGCCGUCUACACGGCUGUUGUCGGGCCUCACGGUCGUCUUAUGGGAUUGGACGUUCCCGAUGGUGAGAACUUUUUAACACUCUUCGAAUCUAUCUAUCUAUCUAUCUAUCUAUCUAUCUAUCUAUCUAUCUAUCUAUCUAUCUAUCUACAUGUUAAUUUCAUGCUGUGUUGUUUUUUUCUUUUCUCUUUCUUUCUUUCUUUCUUUCUUUCUUUCUUUCUUUCUUUCUAUCCAUCUUAA